ACCAUCAUCCACCCGCUAUCCUCUCACACGCUAUCCCCGUUUUCAAUCGUCACAGUCACGCGCUGGUGCGUGCCAACCCAUCGCCAUCCCUGAGCCAACAGUCGCCAUGGCUCUGCGCUCCUUCUCGACUCCUGCAGCAGUUGGUGCCGCCGCUCGUCCUAUUCACCCGAAAACCACCGCAUCCUUAUCCCUCCUCGCCACCAGAACAGAUUCUUGUGAUGAGAGAAAGAACCUAACAGGGAGACUUUGUACUUCUGCAAAUCUUUGUUCUUGGAGAUCAAGUGCUAAUUAUGUACGGACUCUGGACGGCACCACCGGAUUCUUGAGCAAGUCAAUGGCAACUAAUUAUAUUGUUGUAAACAGGGCAUCAGUCUUUCUGUGUGCAACUAUUGAAGAAAUUGAAGCGGAGAAAUACUUGAUUGAGAAAGAUGCCAGGGAGAGGAUGGAAAAGACAAUAGAAACGGUAAGGUCAAACUUCAAUGCUGUAAGGACUGGAAGAGCAAAUCCGGCCAUGCUUGAUGGAAUUGAGGUUGAGUACUAUGGAAGUCCUGUAAUCUUAAAGAGCAUUGCACAGAUCACUACACCAGAUGCAAGUUCUCUUCUUGUGCAGCCCUUCGACAAGUCAAGUUUAAAAGUUAUAGAGAAGGCAAUAGUUAGAUCGGAUCUUGGUUUGACACCAAAUAAUGAUGGAGAAGCCAUACGGUUGGGCAUUCCUCAGUUGACUUCUGAGAGAAGAAAGGUUCGUUUUACUUAUUUUUGGAUCAAAAGAAACAACUAA